ACAGACCCUGAGCAGCUGUAGGGCCGCGGCAGGGUGGCUCUGCUGUUCCCCCUCACCACGGAGGUGCCAGCAGCCGGGCUCAGCAGUGCCAUGGGGCAGCUGUGGGUCUGCCUCCUCACCCUCACAGCACUUUUUGACCUUGCUGCCCCGAAAGAAAAAGUGACCGCCCAGAUCCAGGCUCACCCGCCGGCACCCACCCUGUACCACCAGCUGAUGCUCUCCUGCAAGGUCACAGGGGAUGCCAGCCCCCAGGAGUUCCUGUGGGAGAAGGAAGGAAACCACGACCCCCUGCAGAAAGGCCCCGACAACAUCCUUCUCUUCCCCUCCUUCAACAAGACCCACUUGGGCACCUACGUCUGCACAGCCACCGGCUCACUGGGCACUGCCGUGGCCACCUACAACCUGUGGAUAGAUGACCUGCUGUACAACGUGUUCGUGUUUCCCCAAGAGACCAAAGACUCCCACGGGCUGGUGAGGGCGAAGCCAGAGCAGCCGCUGCAGAACUUCACUGUGUGCCUGUGGUCCUACACCGAUCUGACCCGGCCCUACAGCCUCUUCUCCUACGCCACCAAGGCGCAGGACAAUGAGAUCCUCCUCCUCAAGCCCAAGCCUGGUGAGUACCGGCUCUACGUGGGGGGCAAUUUUGUGUCCUUCGGCGUCCCCAAGAGCAUCGCAGUGAGCGAGCACGUCUGCGCCAGCUGGGAGUCCACCACCGGCAUCGUGGGCUUUUGGUUCAACGGGAAGCCCUGGCCCCGCAAGGGGCUGCAGAAGGACUACACGGUGGGGGCGGAGGCGGCCAUCGUGCUGGGGCAGGAGCAGGACGCCUUCGGGGGUGGUUUUGACGCCCAGCAGUCCUUUGUGGGGGAAAUGUCGGUUGUGUACAUGUGGGACACGGGCAUCUCCACCUCGGGGGUGAUGGAGGCCAUGAACAACAGACCUGACAAAGCCCCCAUCUUUGGCUGGAGAAACUUCCCCUACCAGAUCGUGGGCGAAGUCUACCUGAAGGCCUGACGCCUGGCGCCGCGCAUGGGGCUGGUGCACUCCUGCGCUCUCGCUCAGAGUGGCUGGCAAGCACUGGCGGAGCUGUAAUUGCCGUGCUAGCUGUGUCCCGGCUCCCUUCCCUGCUGUGUAACUCCCCGCAAAGCCACCUGGCAUCACAUAAACGAAGAAAUGGUUUUAAAAAGCA